AUGAGCAACACUCGAAGGGUCUGGUGGGAGCAAUGGACAGACACCACCCGUAUCAAACCUUUGUCCAUCCUGAAGGCACCUCAUGACUCCUACACACGGCCAGAGGAGCAAGUACUCAUCAAUCGUUGGGAUAUCAAUAGUAACAGUGAUGCCUGGGACAUGCAAGUGUUCAUGCGCAUCUGUAUCAAACGGCUGCUUCAACACCCAGCCUUCCAGCUGCUGCUGGCCCUGCUGUUGGUGGUCAAUGCCAUCUCCAUCGCUAUCCGCACCAACGCCGACCAAGAACAGAAACACUAUGAAUUGUUCUCUAUCAUGGAUAAUAUUGUGUUGACCAUACUUAUCUGUGAAGUUCUCCUUGGCUGGUUCAGUGGCUUCUGGAUUUUCUGGAAGGAUGCCUGGAACGUCCUCAACUUCCUUAUCACCUUUAUCUUGCUCCUGGGGUUCUUCCUUGAAGGACUAAAUGCCAAGUCUAUCACCUAUACACUCAGGGCGCUUCGUCUGGUGCAUGUGUGCAUGGCGGUGGAGCCCCUGGCUCAGAUCAUCAAUGUCAUUGUGCAGUCAAUACCUGGCAUGGUCAAUAUCAUGAUCCUCCUCCUCUUCUUCAUGCUGGUGUUCUCUGUGUUUGGGGUCACACUCUUUGGUGCAUUCGUGCCCCAACAUUUCCAGAACAUAAAGGUUGCCUUGUACUCCCUCUUCAUCUGCAUCACCCAGGACGGUUGGGUGGACAUCUACAGUGACUUUAAGUUGAAGCAUAGGGAAUAUGCAGUGGAGAUUGGGGGUGCCAUCUACUUUAUCAUCUUCAUCACCCUUGGUGCCUUCAUUGGCAUCAACCUGUUGGUCGUCGUGGUGACUACCAACCUGGAGCUAAUGGUGAAGAGAGGAGACCAAGGGAAGUCGUAUAAAAUAACCUUUAGUGAGGAGCAGGACAUGACUACGGAUCUGCCACUGGUGCACUGUGUAGCAGCCCGCUUGGAGAAGUCUGGCCUCCCCCAGGAGCCGCUUGUGGGGGGUCCCCUGUCAAACCUCUCAGAGACCACGUGUGACAACUUCUGUUUGGUUUUGGAGGCGAUACAGGAGAACUUGAAGGAGUACAAGGAGAUCCGAGAUGAGCUCAACACCAUUGUGGAAGAGGUACGCUCCAUACGCUUCAAUCAGGAGCAAGAGCAGGAGACCAUGCUCAAGUACCAGACGAGCCAGCCUAUUAUGGAGAGCACGACCUCUGUGGAAGUCCGCCAACACCAGCAAGAUUUGCUUUCGGCGCUCAUAAACAAGGAAAAGGUUCAGGGAUCCAGUACAACGAUACUGUAUAGUAAACGCAAGUCCAGUCACUGA